CUGCCCCCCCCCGCCACACACACACACCUCCCCCCCUCCGCCGCGCUCGGGCCCGACGCAUGCGCGCGACUCUCCGCGGCCCAUGCUCCUUCCUGACUUUCGUUGUGCGUCCCCUCCCCGUGUGCCCCAACGGCGGGGCAGUUUUCACUUCCGCUUCCGGCUGCAGCUGCCUGGCUUGGUCUGAGUGGCCCAAGGAGCGAGGGUGAGGGCGUGAGCCUCUGUCGAGCCGUGUGUAUGGGGCUGGCUGCUUGAGGGGUGAAAGAGACCGGGGGCCCUUCUCCAUCUUCCCUCCUCCUCAUGUUUGCUGCCUUCCUCCAGAACCCAACAUGUCGGAUUUGAUCAUCAACCUGGACUUGGGCCUCCAGCAGGCUCCCAAGAGGGGAACCGACAGCAACCAGAAACACCAGCGCUUUGUGAAACGGCGCCGUUUCCUGGAGAGGAGGGGUUUUCUGAAGCAGAAGCAGCUGCCGCCACCCCAGCAUCACCCCCCCAAAGGCCAGGUCUCCCAUCAGGACUCUCGCUCCUGGGCAAGGACCAAGAAGAAGUGGCUCGCCGAGGAUCAGAACUCUUUCCAGACAGAUGGGCUUUCCCAUCAGCCAAAAACCUUCCCCAAGGCAAAUCACCAUUGUCGCUUUGAGCAGCCCAGCGCCACCACGGACUCUGGCUCCCCUCUGCCUUGUUUUCCAUCAGGAGCGAAGAAGGUGACGUGCAGAUCAGCAAAGGCCAGUGGGACCCCUGGGAACCACAGCGCCCAGCCCCUCGCUGGCGUGCAGAAAGCCAGCCUGCUGAGCGAGUAUGACAGCGGCCUGCCCCCAGUGCCCCGGCCGGGCAAGCCCAGCAAAGUGGUGGCCAUCGACUGCGAGAUGGUGGGCACGGGCCCUGGCGGCCGGAUCAGCGACCUGGCCAGGUGCAGCAUCGUGAGUUACCAUGGCGACGUGGUGUAUGACAAGUACGUCCGGCCCGUCGACCCCAUCACUGACUACCGCACCCGGUGGAGCGGCAUCAGAAAACAUCACAUGAAGAACGCCACCCCCUUCAAAACGGCCCAGAAAGAGAUCCUGAAGCUCCUAGCGGGGAAGAUCGUGGUCGGCCACGCCAUCCACAACGACUUCAAGGCGCUGAAGUAUUUCCACCCGAAAUCAGUGACCAGGGACACGUCAAAAAUCCCGCUGCUGAACCGCAAGGCCGGCUUCCCGGAGAACGAGUCGGCCUCGCUGAAACGCCUCACCAAACAGCUACUGCACAAAGACAUCCAGGUCGGCAAAAAUGGCCACUCCUCAGUGGAAGACGCCAAAGCCACCAUGGAGCUGUACCGGGUGAUCGAAGCUGAGUGGGAGAGGCAGCUGGCGCUGAACCCCGAGCAGGAGGGCCACGGGCCAGGCAGUGAGUUCGAAUCAGACCUUUAGGGGAGAAGAUCUCGGGGUCUGAAAGCGACGCUGGUAAAUAAACGUCUCCAAAGGUCCUU